AAGGACACUUGUGAUGUUUACACAAUAUUGAAACCACGUCAGUGAUAACGUAACUAUCGACAAAAUACGUGCCUAGUUUUCAAACGGGAAUUUCAGUAACUGGACAAGAAUAACAUGCACAUUAGGAUGCAAGUUGUUCCAUAAAUUUACAGCUGACAGGUUAGAGGAAACUGCAACAACCUUUGCCAAUGAUGAUGAAGAAGUUUUUCGGUAAAAAAAAUGGAAAGAAACCUCCGACACAAGAUCAGCAUGCAGCUGAAGACACGAGGAACAAUCGGCCGCCGGGGAACCCUGACACAGGGGCAGUUGGAGCGACUGGUGGAAGUUUAACACUAGACAAAUCUGGCCUCAUGAAAACCCAGUGGAUGAAACUAGAACAAACCGAAACAGGGACGAAACAAAAGAUGUUUCAUAGAAAAAGCGGAAAGAAGCCUCUGACACAAGAUCAAAAUGCAGCUGGAGACACGGGGAACAAUCGGCCGCUGGUAAACCCUUCCACGGACGCAGUAGGAGCGACUGGUGGAAGUUUAACACUAGACAAAUCUGGCCUCAUGAAAACCCAGUGGAGGAAACUAGAACAAAACGAAAAAUGGACUAAACAAGUAACAUUUUUUUCUAAUGAUUGUCAAACAUGA